GUCGGCUACACCCGCUUUCGUUGGGUUCGUCAGAGAUCCUCUGGGAGUUAGCCAAUGAGAAGUGCUCGGGCCCUGGUCGCCUGGGAAACCCCGAGACAACAAGAUGGCGGCGCCGUGGGACGGCUCGCUGGCCCUGUGGAGUUCCUGACAGCUAGCCUUGAGACUAGAGCUAUGAGCUCACCUCUGGCCUCUCUUAGCAAGACACGGAAGGUGCCCCUAGAGUCGGAGCCUGUGAAUCCUGGGAGGCUUAAUUUGUAUUUGUUCCUUCUUCCUGCCUGGGUUCCCAGGAGGCGAGGGAUAAGAAUCUACAGAGAUGAAGAUGAAGUGGACAUGCUGAAUGAUGGACAAGACCCAGAAGAAAAGAUCUCUGUCCCUUCCUGCUAUGGAGGCAUCGGUGCCCCUGUGGGUAGGCAAGGAACUGUGUUCAGUGACUCGGAGCUGGUGGCCUCCAUGGCCAGGAAGCUGCAGGAGCUGGAGCAGCAGCUGAAGACCCAGAAUGAUGAGCUACUGUCCAAGGACCAGAAGAUCCUAGCCCUGGAGGAUUUGGUGCAGACCCUCCAGCAGAACCAGGGAGCCAACGCAACCCUGCAGAGGCAGGAGGAGCUGGAGACCCUGUGCAUUCAGCUGCAACGGCAGGUUGGCGAGAUGGAGCGGUUCCUCAGUGACUAUGGCUUGCAGUGGGUGGGCGAGCCCAUGGACCAGGAGGACUCAGAGGAAAAGAUAGUCUCUGAAAAUGAUGAGCAGGACUGGAUGAAGGCCAAGAAGUUCUGGAAGCCAGGGGAUUCUUUUGUACCCCCCGAGGUGGACUUUGACAGACUGCUGGCCAGUCUGCAGGAUCUGAGUGAGCUGGUGGUGGAGGGAGAGGCCCAAGUGACACCAGUGCCUGGUGGAGCACAGCUCCGUACCCUAGAGCCCAUCCCACUAAAGCUCUACCGGAAUGGCAUUAUGAUGUUUGAUGGGCCCUUCCGGCCCUUCUAUGAUCCCUCCACGCAGCGCUGCCUCCGGGACAUACUGGAUGGCUUCUUUCCCUCAGAGCUCCAGCGGCUGUAUCCUGAUGGAGUUCCCUUUAAGGUAAGCGACCUGCGCAAUCAGGUCUUCCCGGAGGAUGGGCUGGGCUCGUUCCCAGGUGAGGGUCGUGUGGUGGGCCGGCAGAAAGUUCGAAAGGCCUCGGACAGGGUGGAGGAUACUUCAGGCUCCAGGAUGACUGCUGAGAAAUUUCUGAACAGGCUUCCCAAGUGUGUAAUUCGACAAGGCCAGGUGAUUGACAUCCGGGGCCCAAUCAGGGACACCUUGCAGAACUGCUGCCCACUGCCUGCUCCGAUCCAGGAGAUCAUAGUGGAGACACCUGCCUUGGCUUCUGAACGGCAGAGGAGCCAGGAGUCACCCAACAUGCCAGUGCCUCCGCUCUCCAUGCUGCGCGUCAAGUCUGAGAACGGGGAGCAGGCCUUCCUGUUGAUGAUGCGGCCCGACGACACUGUUGGUGAUGUGCGAAACCUCUUGGCACAGGCCAGGGACAUGGAUCCGGCCACCUUUGAGAUCUUCAGCACCUUUCCACCCAUGGUCUACCAGGAUGACUCACUCACACUGCAGGCCGCAGGCCUGGUUCCCAAUGCAACACUUCUGUUACGCGCUCGGAGAGCCCUGCUGUCGAACCCCAGCUUUGGUACUGGUUCUGGCCCUCACCCUGGCCCAGGCUCACUUCCCUGAAUAAAGUGCCGCCCCUGA